AGAUCGCCUUUGAGAUUUUUCUGACACCGGUGCCAUUGAUUUUUGUGGAUCCGCAGCAAUGGCCGCCCCUCGCUCCCUCCUGCUGACCGCCGCAGUGCUGUGCAGCGCCGGCUUCUGUGCCUUCGUGGCGGCCCCCCGCCCGGCGGCAGCGGCACACCCGCAGGUGUCCGCGCAGACGGCGGCAGUGAGCGCCAUGGCCUUGGUCACACCACAGGCCGCCCACGCGGCCGAUGGCGUCUGGAUCCCUGCCCUCUCCGCCAUCGGCGCCGGCUUCGCCAUCGGCCUGGCAGCGAUUGGCAGCGGCGUGGGACAGGGCAUUGCCUCCGGGCGCUGCAUUGAUGGCAUCUCCCGCCAGCCGGAGGUGGCCGAUGACUUGCGAGGUGUGCUGCUGCUGUCCUUGGCGUUCAUGGAAUCCCUGACGAUCUACGGCCUCGUGAUCGCGUUGGUGCUGCUGUUCGCCAACCCUCUGAUCAAGUGAGCGGGAAAUUGAGACCAGUGAUGGGUCAGGAUGUGCAACGCCACAGGAGGGGCACGGCAGCUUCAGGUGUUUACCUCUUUUUUUUGGGGGGUAUUUGGGCAGAAGCAGCACUGUGUUUUCAACGUGUUAUCGUUGUCCGUCCCCAUUCUAUGGCAGAAACGCCAUGCGCCGUAUCGGAAAGGCACCGUUUUUUCUAAAGAUGGAAGAGCCUCGAGGCUGACUUUUCGGCAGGAACAGAGAAA